CUCCACCUCACCAUUCUACCAACAUAAAUAUUUUCUAUAUUUUUGUAUUUCCUUUUGUGUUUGAUUCAUUCUAUAAUGCAUUUUGGGGUCUCUCUCAAAAAAUCAUUAAGCUUUGAUUUGAUUUAGAGCAGGGCCGUUGGUUUUGUUUGGUUGCCAGAGAAAACCGAAAAAACAGAGUGCCUCCGAAACCGGAGGUGAGAGAGACUCCGAAAAUUUAUGAGAGAAUACAAAACAGUCAAACACAUCAUCCAUCUAUCUCUAAUUUCAGCUUUGGAUCAUAUUCUUAUUUUAAUUAUUUUAGCAAAUUUUUUCUGAAAGAAAAACAAAAACAAAAAAAAAACCUCUCUUUCUCUGUGGAAAGGUGAGCUCUCUCGCUCUGAAUUUUCCUUCCGAAGCUCCAUGGCAUUCCUUCUUCGGGUUUGCUGCUGAUGUCCUCCUCCCUCCUCAAUCAUCAGUGGAAGAAGAUCUGAUGAGACCUUGUCGUCUGAAUCAGACACACUGAAUUCUGGCUUUGGAUUGUUUGAACAAUUGUGAUAAAGCUAGCAAUGGAUGAGCAUCCUGGUAGCAGCAAGUUGACUGGAAUUAGGCAGAUUGUUAAGUUCAAAGAAAUCCUGCAGAGAUGGCAAUCUGUCACACUUGGCUCGAAGGGGAAUAGCCCCCGAAGAGGAGGCAGUCCUCAUUCUCGUGCUGAUAGAAUGUUAGUGGGCAGUAGCCCUCAAUCCCAUUCUGACCGAAGGGUGACGAGGGACAGCUCCAUUUCCCAUUCUGGUCGAAGGGUGAGAGUGGGCAGUCCUAGUCCUAGUCCCCUUUCUGAGCAAAGCAGUCCCUUAUCUAGUCGAGCCCUUUCACCAGCGAUUAGCAGGAGGCUCACAAAUGUUAUUUGUGAUUCGGACGAGGAGUCAUGCGCAAGUCCCGAGCCGCCACCUGAUGUCCCUGAAGGGUAUUUGGCGGUUUAUGUUGGACCAGAGCUUCGGAGGUUCAUCAUUCCCACAAGCUACCUUAGUCACAACCUUUUUAAAGUGUUACUGGAGAAGGCUGAAGAGGAGUUUGGAUUUGAUCAUAACGGGGGGCUCACAAUUCCAUGCGAGACGGAGACCUUCAAGUACCUCUUGAAGUGCAUGGAGAACCAUCAGAAAGCUCACCCUGAUGAAACCCCAGUGCUAUUAUCAGCAACCUUGAUGAGGCCAGCAUCGAAUUCACAGCAGAAUGAGAUCUUCGACAUCAUGCAUCAGAUUCCUUCUUCGUUUUUUAAACAAUGGCACAUGCUAAAGCUUGAAGUCCCAUAUAUAAUGGCCUUCAUGUACCAAGUGUUCCUGCACAUGGUUCCAGGAUCGCAAUCACUAAAUUCAGAAAUAAUUUUGUUCUUUCGGUUGGUAUUAUUGAAUAUCAUAUACCAAUUGGAAGUUAUAUGUAUAUGAUCAUGUGAAUUGGUCUAAAGGCAGACAUUUUUGUUUCUUUUAAUUCGAUCCCCUUAACAUGACAGUAAUCCCAAAUUGUGUAGAGUCUAGAGAACCCAGCUCUAGGAAUGAGUUUGCUCUGUGAGAUUAAAGCUAUGGGGUUAAACUACUUGAACUCCCUCCA